CCAGUGACCGCCUCUAGCCCGGAAAUACUAGUACAUGUCAUAUGCCACUUCCGGGGGUGGCUCAGCAACGCGCCGCCAUCUUUACUGAGGGCAGCUGUUCCCUGGCUCGGGAUUGGUCAGUCGGGAGAUCAUUGUAGGGAUCCUUCCUUCCUUUCCACGUGUGGGACCCAGGCAGCCGGUAUCAUGCUCCGCAGGGAGGCCCGUCUCCGGAGGGAGUACCUCUACAGGAAAGCACAAGAGGCCAAACAGCACAACAUCGAGGACAAGAAGCUGCGGCUGAAGCGGGCGCUGGAUGAAAACAGGCUCAUCCCCACCGAGAUCCGCAGGGAGGCCCUGACUCUACAGAAGCAGCUGGAGUUUGAUGAUGAGGGGGGUGAAGGGGUGUCCUCACAUAUGGAUGACGAGUACAAGUGGGCAGGUGUGGAAGAUCCAAAAAUCAUGAUUACAACAUCCAGGGACCCCAGUUCCCGGCUGAAGAUGUUCGCUAAGGAGCUGAAGCUGGUGUUCCCCAACGCCCAGCGCAUGAACAGAGGGAAGCACGAGGUGGGGUCACUCGUCCAGGCGUGCCGGGCCAAUGAUGUCAGUGACCUUGUGGUUGUACAUGAGCACCGGGGAAUGCCAGAUGGCUUGAUCGUGUGUCACUUGCCUUUUGGGCCCACUGCGUAUUUCACCCUGUGUAACGUCAUCAUGAGACACGAUAUUCCAGACCUGGGCACUAUGUCAGAGGCUUAUCCACAUCUCAUCUUCCACAACUUCACCUCCCGGCUCGGACAGCGGGUCUCCAACAUCAUGAAAUAUUUAUUCCCGGUCCCCAAGGAAGAGAGCAAGAGAGUCAUAACCUUUGCUAACCAAGACGACUACAUCUCAUUCAGGCACCAUGUUUACAAGAAGACGGAUCACCGCAACAUUGAGCUAUCGGAGGUGGGCCCUCGCUUUGAUAUGAAGGUGUAUAUGAUUAGAUUGGGCACCCUGGAGAAUGAGAACACGGCAGAAGUGGAGUGGCGCUGGCACCCGUACACCAACACCGCUAAGAAGAGGAAAUACCUCAGCAUUGAAUGACGUCUCUGCGCAUCUGUCUGUGGAGUGUAAAUAAAGAUUUCUUUUCUAGCCUGGUGCCAACGGUAGAACUUCUUCCAAUUGGAGCGUUACCUGUCAGGAACUGCUCAGAUCAUUCCAGCACCCCAGGUUUUCAGGAUUUCCUUAAUCAUGCACAGGUGACUUAGUCCAUGUGACUGAACCAGUAUCUAUCCUACCUGUUUCUGGAAAUCCUCAGAAUGUAAGCUGUUGGGCUCAGACUAUAUUAUAGACACACUGUCAGUAAAGUAAGCUUAGGGUUGCUAUAAUGUCCCUUUAAUAAGGGAGACCUGAAUUACACAGCUUCUGUGGCUGAUAAAAACCAAGCGAUCUGCUGAAGUCAGCCACAGACCCUGUGUAAUUCUUAUGUGCCACUGAUUAUACGGUUAUUAUAGAAUCCCUGAUUUGGGAGCGAAUGCAAGUGAGUUUUGGAGAUAGCUCUUGCAACUUUUAGCCGUGUGCAUCUAUGCAACGUUCCAAGUCGCAAACAUCCCAGGUAGUAAUACCCGCAUUGCGAGGCACCCAGAGAUCAUAACCCUGCAGUUUCCUGUUACAUUGUCAUCCCCUCCAUCCCAUGUGAUCAUCACUUCCUGCCAGCCUCAGGCGAUGAUCACCAUCUGUACACAAGUCAUCACACAAGCACUUUAAUUAAGCCAAUUAGGGUCCAGCUACUGUUAAGUUUCUCAUUACUCACAUCCUGCAAUAAGUGGGCGGAGCUGUGGAAGUCAGUGACAUUUGCGCCACUGGAGAACUCUUGGUGACUUUUCCGUCAGAUCAUCACAUGGUGUGUUUUACUAUAGUAAAUGAUUUCAGCCUUUUA